GCUGCAGCUCGAGCUCGGCUGCAGAGCGAGAUCCUCUGAGGGGGAAAGCGAGGGAAGCGGUGCAGUGAAAAUAGGAGGAGGAGGAGGGGGGAGUCUUGUGUUUCACAUCAGAGGAGCAGCGAGGAAAAACGGGCUGAAAGCGAGGAUAAGGUGUCCGAUAACAAAAGCAGAGAGGGGGGAAAAAAGCAGAAGAGCGGCUUCUCUUGUAUCGGAAAAUGGAGCUACCCGCCGCGGGAGAGCACGUCUUUGCGGUGGAGAGCAUCGAGAAGAAGCGCAGCAGAAAGGGACGGGUUGAGUAUUUGGUCAAGUGGCGGGGAUGGUCUCCAAGAUACAACACAUGGGAACCAGAGGAGAACAUCCUGGACCCAAGACUACUUGAUGCGUUUCAAGACAGGGAACGUCAAGAGCAGAUGAUGGGAUAUCGCAAGAGAGGGCCCAAGCCAAAACAUCUUCUGGUCCAGGUGCCUUCCUUUGCCAGGAGGUCCAGUAUCCUGGCUGACCUACAAGAGGCGUCCUUGGAUGAGGACAGCUGUCAGAACGCCAGCCCCAUCCAGAUGCUUCGUCCGCAGCCCCAGCAUUACCAGCUGAACAGUAAGAAGCACCACCAGUACCAGCCGCUAUGCAGGGAGCGUGAGGCUGAGCAGCAGGCUAACGGCAAGAAGUUCUACUAUCAGCUCAACAGCAAGAAGCAUCAUCACUACCAGCCAGACAUCAAGGUCCACGAGCCCAUAUUUGCUAAACCCAAGCAAGACGUCCAAGCUCCUGAGCUGGCUAACAAAGAGUAUAACCUUCCUCCGGUGCUGCAGCAAAAGUGGGUUCGGGACAAGGACUCGGGCUGUCUGACCAAAGUGAAGGAUAUCACCAUGGAGCUGAAGAAGCUUCCAGCAAACUUCAACGGACACAAAGAGCCAGAGAAGCCAAAACCUAAGGAGGACGCUUUACCACAGCCCAACGGUGUCAGCAGCAGCAAACUAAAGAUCGUAAAGAACAAAAACAAGAAUGGCCGGAUUGUUAUUGUCAUGAGCAAGUACAUGGAAAAUGGGAUGCAACCAGCUAAAGUGAAAAACGGCGAGUGUGAUGCUGCUGAAAAGCCACUGCAAGGCUCUGACAACGGUGCAGAAAAGCACCUGGAAAAGAUGAAGCUCGUCAAAAAGCUCGGCCUCAUCAAUGGAUUUGCUAAAAGCCCCGUAGACAAAGCAUCAUCUCUCAGUUCUGGAUUUAAUGGAAAUUGCCCCAAAGAAAAGGAACCGUCACUGAAAGCGGAGCUAACUGUGACGGAACAGGAUAAACAUGUUGAGGUCAGGGGUCAGGGCCAGCUUCCAGAGGAUCAGCCUUUGCAAUUGACAACCAAGCCUAAUCUGCUCUCCCGGCCUUUGAACAGGGGAGUCCCCUCAUCACAGGACAAAAGAGAAGGCCAAGGUGGGUUUCAAGGGCUAAAGCGACACCUCUCUGACACAGAUGGCGAGGAACGUGAGGGUAGUAAAAGAUUUUUGAGCUCCAGGAGCAUAAGCGCUCCCAACACAGCAUCAUCACCUGUCCAAAGCAUCACCAUCGACCAAAAUGGACACCACGGUCACCCCGGACUGCAGGAUUGUGGGUAUGUGGACCAAGUGGAGCCCAUUGACUUGAGUAUUGUCAAGUCGAGGCCUAAAGCUGCAGUUCCCACGGCAGCCCAGCCCGAAACACACACACAGCCUGAGGCGCUAACACGCACAGAGGAGGAAAGACAAACAGAGCCUGACACACAAACAGAAACUCAGCUUGAAACACAACAACCUGCAGAAGAGGAGAACGCCGAGUCGCUGUCCGUUUCUAACCACGAACAGAAAACGGAGGACACAUUUCCCUCCUUCAAACCUUUCCUUGGGAAUAUAGUCAUCACGGACAUUACCACAAACUGCCUCACAGUUACGUUCAAGGAAUACAUAGCAGCGUAACAAUCUGGGUACCAGCUGUGCAUCUGUAUAAAUGUACAUGACAUAUAUUUGUAUUUUUGGAUGCUUGAAUGUACAAAUGGACCCUUGUUGUUGUUUUCAUUUUGUAUAUUGGUAGUUCAGAUAAAAAGAGAAACUUUUUAUUUGCAUAUUUCUUCUUAUAAGCUCAACAAGAAACUGUCUAUUUGCAUAUUUCUUCUUAUAAGCUCAACCUGUUGUUAUUUCUGGAGAUUUUGUAACAUGCAGUAUCCUCUUGAAACCUAAACUGCAAAAUUAGAUGGGGACUUUAAUUAAAGAUGCACUUACUCAUGUAAAUAAAUACGCUUCACUUUUCUAUGGAUGUAAUUCGUUUUAUACAGUCAACCGUCUACAUGUCAGAUAAUGUCAAACAAAUGUUGGCUAUAUGGAGAAUUUUGUUAAGAAGAAAAUUAUAUUGAAUCCUGGUAAAUUACACUGUGUCUCUGUGUGUGUGUGUGUGUGUGUGUGUGUGUGUGCGAACAGAUGGACAGAUUUAAAGGAUGCGUGCUACUUGGACAGAUUAUGCCAUUAGGCAUGCUUAAACAAGCAAAUAAAGAAAAAUGAAGCGCCUUUUUGUCAAUAAAUAUGAUUUGCAUUGUUAAAAAGGCUUUUAAAUGGAAGAUUAUUCAAGCUUGAUGUUUGCUUCUGUUCUGUUUUUUUAAGCCAUGCCUCUCUAGAUCUGAAGCCGAGCACCAGUCGCCUGUGACUCUGAUAAUUUAUGUUUUGCAGCAGCACACUGACUGAACGUGGCUUCUUUUUCUUUCAUUUGAAUGACAUCAGUCACAAAUCUGCUAGUUGAGCUGUCUAAUCUUACAGACUAAUACCACCAGCUGGGUUCUCUGGAUUCAACUUUUUCAUGUCUCUGUUCUUUGGCACCCUGACGUGUUCAGUGAAGGCAGCGCAGUUAUUAUGUAUGGGAUCCCAGAGGCUUCUCUUGACAUAGUUUGCAGUGGAGCUGCAAUUAGAAGUGUGUAAAAGCACUUUUCAUAAUCACUUCUGAUCCCCUGUGUCUCUUCCUGCGCUGCUGGAGGUGGAUUGAGCUGCUCUGUGAGAACGUGGAGCACCGUGUGCUUUUGUGUGCAGAGGAAAAAAUAAAGGCUUCUUAUGAUGAAUCAUAAUUUGCAAUAAUAAAAUUGUUUGCAACUGAA